AAGCCCCUAGAACCUUCUAGAAUCCAUUACCUGCAUCCCCUCUUACUGCUCGCAGCCCAGAGGGAGGCUGUGAUCCGAUUAAGCUUUGGACCCACUUAAGUCAAAGCAGCCACAGCUCAGAAAACAGCGCCUGCACUUGAGCCCACACAGAAGGAUUCAAAGUUGCCUCAUACUUUACUGUGAGAUCCAUGGAGAUACAAGAUAAUGAUUCGGGCUUCUCCUCCUAAUAAUGCCGGAUCUAGAAGAAGCAUGAACCAUUUUAAGCAUCUAGGAGGGCUCUUGAAGCACAGGAGUCGGUGGCAAACCCUCCCAGUGCAGGUAAGAACCUUUGCAGCAUCCAGCUGAGCAGGUCGGUGAGCAAGGACUUGCAGCCCUUCCUGUCCCGGAGAGCUGACAGCAGUGACCUCACCAGGAGCCAAAGCAUCCCUCAGUUGUGAGAUCUGACAGAAUGAGGUGUGCUGGGGAAGCCACUAGCUGGAACUUGGCCUUUCCCGACUGCCCCUGCGUUUUACAGCCAGCCCCAGACCACUGAGGCAGCAAUGGCAGAGAAAGGUGACUGCAUCGCCAGUGUCUACGGGUACGACCUUGGCGGGCGCUUCACUGACUUCCAACCCCUCGGCUUCGGGGUCAACGGGCUGGUGCUGUCGGCUACGGACAGCAGGGCUUGCCGGAAGGUAGCCGUGAAGAAGAUCGUGCUGAGCGACGCCCGAAGCAUGAAGCACGCGCUCCGAGAGAUCAAAAUCAUCCGGCGCCUGGACCACGACAACAUCGUCAAAGUGUACGAGGUACUGGGACCCAAGGGUAGCGAUCUGCAGGGCGAGCUCUUUAAGUUCAGCGUGGCUUAUAUUGUCCAAGAGUACAUGGAGACUGACCUGGCGUGCCUGCUAGAGCAGGGCACGCUGACCGAGGAGCACGCUAAGCUGUUCAUGUACCAGCUGCUGCGUGGGCUCAAGUACAUCCACUCUGCCAACGUGUUGCACAGGGACCUGAAGCCCGCCAACAUUUUCAUCAGCACGGAGGACCUCGUGCUGAAGAUCGGGGAUUUCGGGCUGGCCAGAAUCGCGGACCAGCAUUACUCCCACAAGGGUUAUCUGUCGGAAGGGUUAGUGACAAAGUGGUACCGCUCUCCGCGACUGCUCCUGUCCCCGAACAACUACACGAAAGCCAUCGAUAUGUGGGCAGCUGGCUGCAUCCUAGCGGAGAUGCUCACGGGGAAAAUGCUCUUCGCUGGGGCUCACGAGCUCGAGCAGAUGCAGCUCAUCCUAGACACCAUCCCCGUAGUCCGGGAGGAAGACAAGGAGGAGCUGCUCAGGGUGAUGCCGUCCUUUGUCAGCAGCACUUGGGAGGUGAAGAGGCCGCUGGGUAAGCUACUCCCGGAUGUCAACAGUGAAGCCAUUGACUUUCUGGAGAAGAUCCUGACCUUUAACCCCAUGGACCGCCUAACAGCCGAGAUGGGGCUACAGCAUCCUUACAUGAGCCCGUAUUCGUGCCCCGAGGAUGAGCCCACCUCACAACACCCCUUCCGCAUUGAAGACGAGAUCGACGACCUCGUACUGAUGGCUGCCAGUCAGAGCCAGCUCUCCAACUGGGACAGGUAUCCCGUGAGCCUGUCGUCAGAUCUGGAAUGGCGGCCUGACCGCUGUCAGGACGCGAGCGAGGUGCAGCGCGACCCACGCGCUGGCUCUACUCCGCUGGCGGAGGAUGUUCAGGUGGACCCACGCAAGGACUCACAGAGCAGCUCCGAGCGCUUCCUGGAGCAGUCGCACUCGUCCAUGGAGCGCGCCUUUGAGGCCGACUAUGGACGGUCCUGCGACUACAAAGUGGGGUCUCCGUCCUACCUGGACAAGCUGCUGUGGCGUGACAACAAGCCCCACCACUACUCGGAACCCAAGCUCAUCCUGGACCUGUCGCACUGGAAGCAGGCGGCCAGCGCACCCCCCAGGGCUGCGGUAGCAGCAGACCCAGUGUCACGUGAGGAUGAGCCAGCAAGCCUCUUUCUGGAGAUCGCCCAGUGGGUCAAGAGCACACAAAGUGGCCCUGAGCGUGCCAGUCCUCCCCCUGAUGCCCCAGAGCCCCGUCUCUCUGCUUCACCCCCGGGACACCCAACACCCAUUGAUGGGGGUGCCAGUCCCCAAUUCGACUUAGAUGUGUUCAUCUCGCGUGCCCUAAAGCUUUGCACCAAACCUGAAGACCUACCGGAAAACAAACUGGGCGACCUGAAUGGUGCGUGCAUCUCCGAGCACCCCGGGGACCUCGUGCAAACAGAGGCCUUCUCCAAAGAAAGGUGGUGAGCACAGAAGGGGUAGUGGGAGAACUCCUGGAGCAAGACCCCACCCAGAAAGCUGGACCGCCUCCUUGCUUUCCUAGUACUACUUCAGCCCCUCUCUGCUGCAUUGGGGUUAGCAGAACACACGCGGGUCCGGGGAGCAAGAGGAAUGUCCAUUUCUUAAACUGCCUUAAUAACUAGCCUUUAACCUCUGGGAGCGGGUUUGAGCAGACCCUGGCUGGGAGCUAUCACUUUCCCAUCAAAGGGAAAGGCCUGUUGAGUGUACAAGGAAAGAAAGGGAUUUCAGACCGAAGUCUACAGCCCUACGAGGGGUCAGAAACAGCUUACAGACAUAGUUUCCAAGCCGUGUGACCCACCUAGUCCCAAAUGGACAUUUGGGCCCAGUGAAGCCAUUAGGACCACAAGCCUGGUGGUCAGGAUAAAGCCUGUGUCCCAAACUCCUAUCCCUGGACCAGUGUCUGACCACAGUAUAAUGUCUUCCUCUGCUGGGGUUACUCUGACUUUUUGGUCAGAAAACGGUCCCGAGUGCUUCUCGCUUUCCCUUACUGUCUGUCCCAUCCGUCCCUUUAAUUUAGACCAGCGGUUCCUGUUUUCCGAAACCGGAAACAGAACCGGUUUCUUUUUCCUAGUCGCCAGACAUAUUUCUACGACUCCCCAAGUGCUUAAAUGUCCUCACCUGCCACCUCCCUGUAUUAACCCAACCCAGCUCAGCCUGGAGUUACUCCUUCCUAGCACAGCAGUUUGGGGGCUGCUUAAACUUAGUCAUCUCCCGGGCCUGUGCCUACAGCCUCCUCCUGCAUGCCCUAUGCACUUUCCUGACUCAACACAGCCAUUGUUCUCCAGUGGAGAUCCUACAGGGAUGAGUUUAAAGACGGAAAUUGCGAGAAUCCCUCUUGUCUAAUCCCCAGCAUCCCACCCACCCCACCCACACACACAGAGCUCCUCUCCGAGACGAUUCCAGGACCAAAUGUUCUUGGCACAAAUGGCUCAUUUGUAGGAGAAGCAAUAAGGUGCUUUUCAUAAAAACAAAUGAGUUAGGAGGGAAGACUCCACAGAACACCCAUCAUCCUUCAUUAAUGUCGCAACCAGGAUCAUUUUAGUCCUAGCCGGGAGUACACCCUAAAGGGAUGGCCUGAGAGAUAGCAACCUUCAGGCAAGAGACCCAGAAAGAUAAACCAGGACUUUAAAGAAAGGUCCUAACCUCGGGUGUCCUGAAGAGCCAGCUAUCAAGAGGGAGAACCCGAGGCAAAGAAAGGGAUUCAAAGUAAUCGCACCCUGGUGGCUCAGGUUAAGAGAAACUUGGAAUCAGUUCCAAGCCUCUGCAGGAAAAGCAUGGGGCAGGGGGUUGAGGGGAAUACCAACAGUCCCUGGUCUGUUCCCAAACACUCCGCCACUGGUAUCUAUCCUCCCCUCCCCUCCCCUCCCUCUCCCCUCCCCCUGCCGACAUCCCAAAGAUACCCACGAGAGGUCCAGCUGCUCUGUUGAGAGAUCUCCUUGGGCUGUGUUCAUUCUCACGACGCAGCACCUUAAAUCUCGCUGACUGUGGUUUGUACAUUGAAACGUACAGUGCACCAGAAACAUAUAUUUUAAAACAAUUAAUCACGCCGACCGGGUUUUUAAGUGGAAAGUAUGUAAAUAUAAAGGGUUUAGGUUUUAUUCCUUUUUUUUUUUUUUUCUUUAAGAAAAAAAAAUGCAAUGCACACCACCCCUUAUGUGCCAUUUGUCGUCAGGGGGGAAGCUUUACUUUUUGAGUAAAGGGACAUGCUGCUGACUGACCGCUAGCUCACGGAGAAUUGUGAUAAUUAGUCAUGUUCUUAAAAGAAUCUGUUAAAUAUUAUUAAACUUGAUCAGGAUGAGCCAAAUAAAGUUUUAUUGGAACAUAGA